ACGCUUCUGAUUCCCCUCUUUCUAUGCAAUCCGUAUCUCUGACAGCUGGCAUGUGCUGCCAACCGGCAUAAAGCAGGAAUGCUCCCCGUCAAGGGUCCCUGGUCAAUGCGUUCAAUCUGAGUUAAUUCAUCUGUGGGCAUAUACCAGCAUUCCCCUUUGGAUCCUCUGCGACGAUCCUCUUCACUUGUAUCACCCCAGAUCAAUGCAGCGAUUUUGAAAUCUGCACAGCGACAGCUACACUUUGCUCGUGCUCGUUCGCAAGUCUUCCCUGCCUGACAGGGUCGACGACCUUUAUCUACCGCGAUGGUCAGCUCUUCAACAGCAGGACCGCGCAAUGGUCCCCUCGGCGCAUUCGCGGACAAGAGUCUACCAGACCUCCCAGGCUCUUUCCUCUCGAGUCCACAACCUCUUACCGACGAAGAUGGAUCAUGUCCUAGUCCUACAGUACACGUGUAUAGGGGCGCUCACAAAAGCCCUCGUCAACCUCGCAGGCUGCCACAGUUUCAACAAUCCAGGAAAUGGGCCAAGGUGCACGAUUCCCGAAAACCGGUACCUACUCCGACCGUCACGGUGACCCAAGUUCCCGCAGACUCUCCUAGAGAAUCAGAUGGCCCCGACGAAUCGCAGAGCCAAACGCGUACCAUGCGCGAAGCCUUGUUCGAACAACAGCGCGCAACUAAGAAGCCUGUUGCCCGAGGAAGAAGCUCGCACAGAUCUCCUCCACCUAGGACCACCAGUGACAGCAGUAUCGAAGCCCAAGAUGGAGGCUUAUGUCACCCGCCCUCACAGCCAUGCUUGCCCGCUACUAAGGCAGGCGCGUCUGCAGUCACGAGUACAACUUCCAAAAAGUGGCGCAGAUCGCGCUCUCGUGGGCGCAAGGUCACGCCAACGAAGCAACGCGAGGUCAAGUUUCAGCGGAUCGCAGACAGAGCUGGAGUUCCAACCUCAACACGAGUCGCCGUGCCGGCAAGGUCGAGAGGCCCGUCAAUCACCUCGAAGCAGCUGCCACUGUUGCCCACGGAACACCGGGGCAAGCGAGUUGCACAUGAGACACAGAGAGGACGUCAGCCACGAAUCCCAUCCCCAAUUCCAUCUCUUCACGAUCCUGAAAAGGACAACAAAUUCUCCUCUGAAUGUCAAGAGCUCUUGCGCAGCAUGGAUUUUGACCACGACUUCUUAUUGCCCAUGUUUUCGGCAGUUGGAUCUCAAGAUGUGCUCGCAGCAGCAAGUCGCCGACCCAAGUCGCAACAGUCCAUCUCCAUAAAGGACGCGCUAACCAACCUUCCACCAACAGAUGAGUUGGUUGAACGUAAACAACGACCCCAGAUAACUACCAGUGUCUCCAGCAAGGCGGUGGCGAACUUUACAAAUAUGUUCCAGCUGGCACGAUCAAAGUCCAACCCUAACCCAUCAGCGGUGAAAGGUCAACCCUCUUCAGGUUCUGGUCAGCCUACGAGGACUAGGACGACCACUCGCCGGCCUAUCAUUGAUCGGUCAUUCCUUCGAAUACCUUCGGGCUCUUCUACCGCUGGCCGUACAUUAAGGACAACCAUGAGCGUUGAUACCCUCGCAAAGAUCGAAGCCCAGGUCCACUACGGAGAGCCUACCAAAACCAAGACAACACUGGAGAAGAUUCCAUCCUUGAGCUCUGAGUCAGGGCAACGUGGGCCUCCAAGUAUACCGCCAGAACGACCGUUACCAGCGUUGCCUCCAGAUGCAUUCCUAGAGCAGAGUCCACGACACAGCGUUGACAGUGGCCGUGGUGGCCGACGCCCUCGGAAAGGACAAGCUUCGGCGAUGCCUGUGGUCUUGUCUCGGUCGUCUAUCCGUGUAGUGUGCCAGGCUCCACCGGUCGACGUGGUUCUUGAGCCAUCCGCCGUGAGGCCAAUGUACCCAGGUCUCAAGCAAAGCACGGCUCAAGGUAAAACACACGGUACUGAUGCCGCUGCAAUGGGUCUGGCCGAACAACCAUCAUCGAGCUCCCUUUCUUCGAAGCUAUCCGGAAACUCUAUGAGAUCAUCGCGCUCUUGUCGGCGAAGCAUCUGCAGUGCCCGUGCCGACAAAGUGAAAGAAAAGCGUUUGAAGGAUCUUGCAACGUCCAAAAACUCAUCUAGUUCACCCAACCGACCAGCCAGUAGCGAUUCUGCUGGACAUCAACAUACCAAUACCACUACCACGCCUCCUACAUCCUUCGACCGCCCCACACCUUAUGAAAGACAAGUCGAUGUGGAUCAACUUGAUCAAUUUCCAGCAGUGCCAAAGUCUCGGCCAGGUAGUAGUAGCGUUGCCAGUGUGCAAAGUCCUACUCGAGCGCGCGGAUAUAGUUUCAGCAGUGUGACCAGCCCACGCCGGCAGUCAUCUAAGAAACAAAAUUCAUCUCGUUCUGGGCAAGUGCUGGGACAGAGUAAUAUCUUCGUCGUUGUGGAUUCCGAUCCAGUCACUGCACGGUUCCGCGCCGGCGCCAUGAGCCCGAGUCCAAGUAUCGGUAGCGGCAAUGGGAGUGGCCGUCCUGGCAGCCCACUGAAGAACAAGCAAUACAAGGCUGGCCCUUCGACUUUGCGAGAAGUAACGACGCAUCAAGGGUCCAAUGGUACGAAGCCAAAUACCGCUAGCGUCCGGGUCGCGAGAGUCGAGUCUUCCACCACUUCUGGUGUUCCUCCUCCUCGGAAGACCAAACGUCACGCGAGACAGAACAGUAUCCAGCCGAGCAGCUCCAGUGACGAGUCCACGACACCGAGCAUGAACCGCUCUGGUCGGGGCAAGUCACCUCAGAGCAGACCGUCACGUCCUCCGACGAAGCGCAGAAGAUGGAACAGCUUCGACAUCAGUUUGGUCAAGACUCUCCACGAGAAUCUCGAGGACUACUACGGGACCAUCUUGAAGCAAGAGGAGAGGAUCCGAUGGCAAGCAGACCAACUGCGGAUGAUGGUGAGAGUCAUCGCUCCCAUGAACCGCGCGCGAGGGAUCAAGGGCUCUUCUCACCUCGACGACAUUCCCGACCAGAUCGAGAACGACGACGACGCCUUGGUCGUCAGCCAGCAAUACGCACAGAGAAUGUCGACCGGCAACAUGCCUCGGAUUCCCCGCCGUACUCACGUGAGACAGUCGAGCUCGGGUAGCGGCUGGCCGUUGAGUAAAGUCAACGCCAAAGAACGCGUCACCAAGCCCGGACAGGGUCAACACAGACGGAUGAGCAGCAUGAUCUCCGAACCUGGACCGGCCAUCUCGGUGCCAUCGCAACCGACGACGAAACCGAUGGCGAUGAGCAAGAUCCAGACCGCGGUGGAAGAUCCUACUCUGACCGCGCUGCCACCCGUCGACGGCCGGCCGUCGGUCGUGUCUACUCCAGAAUACGACAACAACGACAAGGAAAACGAUGUCCCCCGGGCCGAGAAGAGCAAUACGAAGAGAGCGUCGCUUCGGCAUUCUGGAGCUCAAGACUCAGCCCUGGCGUUGCGACAACCUCCUUCCGUCCCGAGUCCGAUUCCUCGAUCACUCUCGGCGGAUGAAGGAGCAGACGUCUUCAGCUCGCCGACCAGCGGUGGACAAUUCGACGACGCCCCUUCCUCGCCGGGAUUCCUUGAACAAGAAGAGGAGAACAAGAAAGGACACGGGGACCGUAACAGUGCGGCGAGGUUGAGCGUGAAUCACUUCCUGGCCAGUACGGAACAGAUGGACAAGGCACUCGGCCUCUCCUCGGUGUAUAUUUAGGGAUGACUUGAAGACCCCGGAUGUAACGAUAUGUCAUCGAAUAAUGUUGUUUCGAUUUAUGAUGAUGAAGGUUGGAGCGGGAAACUUGAUUUUUUUUUCUGGGUUUUUUGUUCAAAGGACCAAACAGUACUUUGGCAGGAGUUGGUGAGUCUUUUUACGACCAUAAUAUGAUGGACAUGGGGCCGAUGGCAAGAAAUGGGGUGUUGGGCAAUGUCCCACACCGAACGUGACCACAUACCUAGGUACAUUAGAUACCUGUACUUUCU